UUGUAUGCUACGUCCGAUUACUCAAGUUGCAGCUCGUUAGUCGAGUUUGACCAACUCGUUGAUUAGAUUGUGUUGAGCAGGCACUCGCACUAGCCAUGGAGCAUUCUUGGCUGAGAAUAUCUGGAGUGCUUUGUGUGUUCGGAUUUUUACGCGAGCUGCGCCCCUCGGAGCCCUACCACUCGGAAAUUUUACUGGGCGAGUGGUAUAAUGUGACACAGGAUCAAGUGAAUCGGAGUGUCUACCCCAUUGGGACCUACUCCUAUUUAGCUCUGCUGAUUGUUGUUUUUCUGGUCACCGAUUAUCUUAGAUACAAGCCCAUGAUUAUUGCCAACGCUCUGACUGGGAUCAUUGUUUGGACUGUGCUGCUAACUACGAGCACACUGUUUGGUCUACAGAUCAGUGAAGUAUUCUAUGGUUUCUAUCAGGCCACUGAAGUGGCAUAUUAUUCCUAUAUAUAUGCGAAGGUCGAUAAAAAGUAUUAUCCUCGUGUUACAUCCCAUACACGAGCGGCCAUGUUUGUGGGAAAACUUGUGGCCGGACUAAUUGCCCAAUUGCUCAUCGGUUUUGAUUGGAUGAACUACCAGCAGUUGAUGUACAUAUCUGUAGGCUCCCAGGUCUUCGCCCUCCUAUGGACCGUCUUAUUGCCCAAAGUGGAGCAGAGCUUGUAUUUCCAUCAACAAGUGGCAGUCAGUGGACCCGUUGAUAAGGAAGAUGCGCCUGAGCAGCCUCAAGGUGUUUCCAAUGAGCAAUUUAAUGAGAUCUCCGUUGCCAAGAAGGACCAUGCUCAACCAUUGCAACUGUUGUGGGCGCACUUCCACAUUGCAUACACAAAUGGCAUGGUCCUCCAGUGGAGCUUGUGGUAUGCGGUUAGUUUGGCUGGCAAUUUGCAAGUCGCAACUUACAUUCAAGUUCUUUGGAAAUCAUUUGAAAACGAGCCAAAAAUUGUAUGGAAUGGGGGCGUAGAUGCCGCCCUAACUGCACUAGCUGCCCUCUUCUCUCUAAUGGCGGGAUAUUUGCACGCGGGACGUUUAAAAACUCGUGCCAGCCUUUUAUCGGUAGCUGUGCUUGCGAUUCUGGAAGGUGGCUGCAUAUUACUAGCAUCCUGGACUUCAAAUAUAUACUUAUCAUAUCUGGGUUAUGUGCUAUUUGGGGGAGUAUUUGGAUUUAUUAUAACGGUGGCCAGCGCCGAGCUGGCCAAAAGUAUGGUUGAGGAUAGUUUCGCUUUGAUUUUUGGCAUUAACACACUUAUUGCACUGUUAUUACAAACUAUACUUACUCUUAUCGUCGUCUCUGAGAGUGCGAAUCUUCAGUUGAACACGUUUGAACAGUUCACUGUCUAUGCAUUUUAUUUUAUUGUGAUAGGCACUAUUUACUUUAUAGUCGUUGUUGUUCAAUACUUGAUUACUUGUUCAAAAAAUACGUAAGGGCUUAGGAAAAUAAUUUAUACUGUUGAGAUAUUACUGUA